CCCAUCAUACUUCCACCCACAGCACCUCUCACUGCUGAGAAAGACCCAGACGCCUGGCCCCCUCACCCCUCACCCCUCUCCCCGCACCCUCUCCCAGUCCAGCCCCAGAGCUGGUGCACAGCAGCCCUGAGACCACACUGACCGGCCAUACUGCUGCCAUCCCAAAGACCCCAGGGUGCUCAGUCGUGCUGUCUGGGCAGUACUAAUGUCCAGGCCUCUGCCAAUACCAGGUACUGGUGCCCACAGCUGUUAAACAAGACCAGGUAGCCCAGCCCAGAGAGGAUGGGACGGAAGAAGAAAAAGGAGUUCGAGGACCCACGGGAUCCCCUGGACACCUCCCAGGCCACAGAGUCGGGCAACAGCCACUUGUCCCCUUCCAGGAAGGAGAUCAUCGAGGUCACUCUCCACGGAGCUGUAAACCUACCCACCAACAAGGAUGGCUCCGAUCCACAGCCCUAUGUGAUAGUGAAAACCACAUCGCAGGAUGCACAGAAACAGGACUCCACGGCCGUCACCUCUGUGACUUCAAAGUACACCAGGUCUCCUGUCUGGGGAGACACGAUGAAGCUAGAGAUCCCUGCUGACAGUGCCGGGAAGGAAGAUGUGGUGCUCAGAGUGGUGGACAGCAAGACCAAAGAGGAGCUAGUGUCUUACCAGAUCCCCAUCAAGUACCUGCGUGUCUUCCACCCCUACCACUUCCAGCUGGUGAAGCCGGUGGAGUCAACUUCUGGGAAACAUGGUGAAACCGAGACCCAGCUGUUUGCCACGGUCGUCCGGAAGGGCAGCUUCAUCCCCCACUACAUCGGCAUCAACCACACGGCUCUUGAGGUCUUUCUCCGGGAAGUCAACGAGCCCCUCGCCAACAACUACACUCCCAUCGUGGCGAUUGCCCGAGUGGUGCCCAACUACAAGGAGUUUAAGCACAGCCAGGAAGGCGGGGACCCAGCAUCGCAGGGGCUGCCCCUCACGCGGCUGUCCUUCCCCAUCUCGUCACCCAUGGGCUUCGACGUUCCUCGGGUCAACAAGAACGGAUGUCCUCAGCUGGUGCUGCAGUACUAUCCCUCAUCAAUGAAGGGCAGUGAGCCAUGGACCCUCAGUCAGCCCUUGGGUAUCUCUGUGCUGCCCCUCAAGGGUCGUUUGUAUCGCAAGCUGCUGUCCGGGAAGGGCCCGAUCGGGCUGCGUGUGGAGCGUCUUCCCAUCACGGACACCCACCUAAAAACCGUCAGUGGAGAGCCCCCCACGGUGGAUCUCUCUCUCCAGCUGCACUCCUCCGAGAAGCCAGAAAAGUUCCUGACACCAAACAACAGCAAGGUCCUGCCUAUCCUGGAUCCCCAAAUUCUGGAUGAGAAUCUGGGUAACAUCAGCGAGUCCUGGUCCAAGUCCUCGGAGAGCUCCACAGGGGAGGCCCCCUUCCCUCAGGAAGCGAAGGACGUGCCGGAGACGGUCAAGGAAAAGGAGAUGAACAACUACCGGCGGGCCAUGCAGAAGAUGGCCGAAGACAUCCUCUCCCUGCGGAAACAGGUCAGCAUCCUGGAGGCUGAGAACCGCAUGAUGAGGAGAUACCUCAGCCAGCAGGAGGCAGAGGAGGAGCAGGACAAAGCUGAGGAGACCUUGAGCCUGGUGUCCAUGCGGCAGAAACUGCUGUUGAAUGAGGUGGAUAUGAAGAAGCUGAGGGACAAGGUGCAGCAUUUGCAGAAUGAGCUGAUUCGAAAGAAUGAUCGCGAGAAGGAGCUGCUGCUUCUGCAGCAGGCCCAGCAGCCGCAGGUGGGGCUACUGAAGCGGUACCAGGACAGGCUGCAGAAGACAAAGGCCCUGGAGGAGACCGUGCGGCACCAGGAGAAGGUGAUUGAGAAGAUGGAGCGUGUCCUGGAGGACAAGCUGCGGGACAGGCCCCACCGAGGCCCAUCCCACCAAUAUCCCCCGGUCCCCCCUGCAGCCUUCCCCACCCUCCCAGCCGCUGGCCCAGCCCCGGCCCCCGGGAGAGAGAACUUGCCUGGUGACCUAUACUCGGUGCUGCUGGCGGAGAACUCCAGGCUGCGGACAGAGCUGGAGAAAAGCCACCACUCGUCGGCCCCCAUCAUCCUGCAGCAGCAGUCUCUACCGGACCUGCUUGCCCAUGCUUCUGACAAGUUCAGCCUCCUGGCCAAGCUGGAACAAGCUCAGAGCCGGAUCCUGUCCCUGGAAAGCCAGCUAGAGGACUCAGCCCGACGCUGGGCACAGGAGAAGCAGGACCUGGCCAGGCGCCUGCAGGAGCAGGAGUUUGGCUUCAGGCACCCCUCGAACACUGUCCUCACAGACCUGCCUAACCCCCCACCCCAUUCCAAGGACCAGAGGCGACCCUCUAAGCUGGACCCGUUGCUGCCCAGCGCAGAGAUCAAUCCCAACCCAUCCUCGACUUCCCAGAAGGAGGCCAUGAGGGCCCAGCCGAGCUGAGCCCUGGAGCAGGUGUCUCCCCGUGUGCCGAGGAGUCUCCUCCCACCCCCUGAAAACAACGCUAUUAAAAUGCUGUCAUUCUCUGAGCGUCCACCUGGCUCCUGGAGCAGGGCAGCCUGGGAGACACAACUUCCCCCUGCCAGCCCUUACUCCGGUCUCUCUGCCGCAGCCCAGGGUCACCUGUCCUGGGCGUCACCGUCUUUGGAGAACCGGAGCCCAUGGUGGACUCAGGCAGGUGGGGAGAAGAAAUCCCCGAAGCAGGACCAGGGAAGGAGGUCCCUACCAGACUUCCAGCGGAAAGGAGGCGAGUGCUUUCCAACCCGCUCUGAGAUUUUGUGCCUGAAAUCCCUCCUUGCAAGCUUGCUUACCUGGCUCCAGCUCUGGCUCUGAUUAAGGGAAAGACGUAA